UGAGACCAGCGGUAGACCUCAAGACGCGUCUCGGUCUUAUCUUGCAAAGCAGUCUAGUAGUGAAACCCUGAAGCAGUCAGAUCUCGAUCGCAAAACGGGAAACACAAUCGCAAGAAUGCCUUCCUCCGACGACCUGGCAACGCCUGCCAGCGUCGGAGACCAAAGCCCGGUUGGCAAAUCGACUGACUUUGUUGGAGAGCCCGCAUCUGCGGUUGACAGGCCCCGCACGCCAACCACAAGCCACAAGGCAGAGGUGAAUGGCGCCCCAGGAGCUCUUAAUGGCGAACAAAACACUCCCCUCACGCCUUCAAAGGCUGUUGUCAAGCAGGCUGCAAGCGCGGCUACACCGCGUCUCAAAAAGAAAAUACCGUGGAAGGGCAAGACUGUCAUGGUAUCUCUCCCCAAAGAUGAUGAGCGUGGUCUCCCAGGCAAGCAACCUUUUCCUCUUACGGCGGCCGACAUCUCCGGCAUGCUCCGCAGUUGGCAACAGUUAGGAUACAACAUUGACGGAUUCGACCUGUACGAGCCAACCGAGGAGCUUGAUCCCAGGGAAUACUCGCAAAGCAGGGGUCCCUGGCCUGAUUUCGAUGAGAUGGUGAGGGAAAGGGAGCAGCGAGGUUGGAGAGUUCUCCUUCCGGACCUAAAUGCAUGGAAGAAGUACGUCGACGAGUUGAACGAGGCAAAACUUCGCGCGUUGGGAGUCUCAUUUGGAGAUGAGGAUCCAGCUCAGCCAUCGAUCUCCCCGGCGUCUACAAGCAGGCAAGCAUCUGUGGCACAGUAUCCUCCAUUACCGUUUUCGCCGCCUAUCCCAACCUCCUCCGCAUCGAGCAAUCAAGCAAUCUCAGGAUUUCCUUUUACUGCCCCGUUCGCAACAUCAGCCGCCCAGAGUCCUGGCAUCCCAACCGGGGCGUCGCCAAGCCCCUUUGGCGUCAAGUUCAAUCCUCGGGCUUCCGUUUCGAUCCCAUCACCGCGUACCUGGUCUCCCCAAUUGCUGGUGCAACAGGGACACCAUAUGGGCUCCCCAUCGCUUGCUAAUCUGGGCGCGAUGAUGUCGCCAACUACCUCGUUCUCUGCUGAUGGCAUGCCGGUACCUAUGAACCAUCAGCGUCAUCAGUCUCUCCAAUACCCUACAUUACCUCACCAAUUCCAGCCACCUACCAGGGCCUCACCGCGCUUGCAAGAUCUUCGCGAGGUCGAUGAGGAAGCCCCAAGCCUAGGUAUUGCAGAGCACCAUGAGCCGGGUUUUGUUCGUCACAAUCCCAGCGAGAGUCUUCAGAAGGAGAUUGACGAGGCCGAAUACCACCUGGAAGAGCAAAUGCGGUCACAAUUGGAAAAUGACGAAGACUACAGCCCACAUAACGAGACCGACAUGGUGGAGGCGGCUCCAGCCGCAUCGAUGCUUCCCCUGUCGAGUGAGCCAUCUACUCAAUUCGCUCCUCAGGCCCCUCGAUUCGGUAGCAGCGCGGAUGGCCUUGUCCUGCAUCAUCCUCGCCCCCAUAGCCGUGGACAUUCCUUAUCCCAGAAAUACUUCACGGAGGACGACGCUACCAACGAAGGAGGCUUCAAGCCUACACUGCAGCGAAUUUACGCGCACCCAACUGAGGAUUCCGAGAUUGAGACGAACCCGAGCAACUUGGGCACACCUAUUCAAACCCUGGAUUUUGCCAAGCUACUCCAUCAGCGGUCAUUCUCCACCGCCAGCAACCCUUGGACUGAUAAGUCCAGCAAGUCUGCGGAUAUCGCCCAACAACCCCGCCCAGGCCAUGGAAGCAAAUCGUCUUUCUCGAAACUCAAUGUAGAAGCGCCCGAAUUCAAGUUUGAUCCGACGAGCAGCUUCAAUCCCGGCGCGUUCAGGUUUUCGGCCAAUGCUUUCCAGCCCUUGGCGUUCAACAUCGGAGUGAACCCAGCCAACUCCAGCCAGCCUAGCGUGCCAGCAACCAAUAUCAAUGUCAAUGCUCCCGCCUUUGCACCUGGUCGGAGCGAUUUCAGUUUUUCGAGUGCAGGACCCAAAUUCCGCCCUGAUGCUCCUACGUUCAUGCCAAAUUCACUCUCAACCUCUAUAACAAGCCCAAUGUCGGGAGCUGAGAGCGGUAGCAACAGGACUAGUUCCAUCUUCGGCAAUAUUGACCUAUCCGCUUCGGACAUCAUCAAGCCCACCAAACAAUCCAAGGCUAUUCCCAUUGUGCGGCCUGAUAGCCUCGGAUUGGAGGCUCCCGGUGGAAAACAUCACGGCUCAGACGACCAUCCGGUUGACGAGCCGCGCUUCAAAAGGGCUCGGGCCAGCGUUGGUGCUGACGAUGCCGUGCCGCGCCUUGCAGAGUCCACCAAAGAGAACACACCUGUGCCCGAGCCUAGAGAGGAAGCGUCUACCCAAGGGGAAACAGCACCGGAGGAGAAGUCGUUUGAUGAGUCCAAUAUGGGCCUCGCGGACACGACUCUGUCAUCGACCAUAGUUUCCGAAACGACAGAUACCAAGGCUACAGCGAGCCCAUCCGCGACAUCCCCCGAUCAGGCCACGGUGAGCUGGGCGCCUUUCGAAUUCAAGAGCACCCUCGAUAUGCAAGCGUUCAACGACGCCAGGCCGUUUGGAUUUGAUAAAUUCCAUCCAGGACAUAAAAAGUCGCUUUCUGCGACUGCUAAAGCAUUCGUCCCCGGCGCGACAAUCUGGGCAGGGACCCCCGAGCCGGUCGCUGAUGUUACCGGCGAGCUCACUGACAACCCUACGGUUCAAUCUGGAGCCGCCCUGGAAUCAAGCGCAUCAACCAAGAACGAGUCGGUGGAUGCGAUCCCAGAGACAUCUCUGAGUCAGGCUCAGUCAAGCGAGGAAGCAUCAGAGUCUAUUCUGACAUCCGUGGAGAAGUCGGAGGCGCCCGUUCCCAGUACUGCUCCGAAGGGGCUGUCCGCAUCUCGAUAUGCCCGAAGUCCUCCGCCGCCGCCGAAGCGAACUGGGCUCUCAGCAUCGCGUUUCGCUGCUACUCCCUCGCCCGUCCGUGAUGAGGAGCCCGCCGAGGCACCGCCAAUCGUUUCGCCCCUGGAGGCUGACAAUACCCCAGAGUCGUGGCCCCUCCCCGACGAGGGUCUUCCCCUUGUUGACAAUGGCAGGCGUGGCGAGGAAAGUGUGUCUCCCGAGCCGACCAUGGACCAUAUUGACGAGGUCAUGCGCCGUUUGAAUGAAAACCCAGAUAUGGGUGUCAACAAGACAUAUAGCAAACAGCCGCAAUGGCGUCAACCAACACCGAUACAGCCGUCUCUACACGUGCAUUCCGAACCUCAGCUCCGCAGCGAAGCUUCCAGUCCCGACCCAGGCUUGAACCGGUACCGCGAUGUUGUUGAGGUUGAGGGCCAUCAGCACGUUCUAGACGAUCCUUUCGUCGACCCCCCUCACAGUGCCCUUUCCACCCAGGGUGCUAUACACCAUCUCAAUGGUAGUGAAAGCCUCCCUGCCAGCGACUGGGAAGGUGAUUUCACCGACGAAGAGCAAGACAAGCUCGAGUCCCGUGUCAAUUUCUUUGAUGGGCGCGUUCAUGAACUUGUGGGUGGGAUACUUGCAGCCCGCCUCGGGCCACUGGAACAGACCUUGGAGAGCAUUAGCAAUGCUUUGGCAGGAAUCUCGAGGCAGAGGCCUCCAAGCCAACGAGCACGACGCAGUAUAUCUGCAGAGAUUCGUGAAAGCGACGCUGAUGACGAAGACGAUGAGGCACCUGGCCCUCUGCGACCCAUGAGCCCGCGCCGAGACCGCAAGCUAGAGCAAAUCCGAGCCGCCGUCUUGGAUGCGAUGGUUACACAUCAACGGAAUCAACCCAAGGAGCCAACUCCAGCUCCUGUCCCUCUGCCCAGGGACGACGCUCCCAUCUUAAAUGCCCUCAUGGAGAUGAAAGAGCACUUGAGCGAGUCUAUCCAACCGGCCUUCCGUAGCGAGGAUCUCAAGCACAUCAUAGAAGAAGCGGUGGGGAGCCGCAUCCCUGUCGCCACCAUGGGCGACCACGAAAGGCUGAAUGAGCUCCAAGCCCGUAUUGCCGAGCUGGAGCAGCGGCUUGGUGCGGAGGAGGCGAAAUUGGAGGCAGAGAUCUCUGCCAAGAGAGCCGCAGAAAACCGUGCCGCAGAGAUUGACCGCGAGCUUCAGUCCGCUGCUACCAGGAUAGAGGUUGAGAUGAUGAACAAGAGCGCGUUGAAUCAACGUAUUGCCGACCUAGAGGACCGGGUGCACCACGCGGAACAGCAAGCGGAGGUAGAGGUCAAGGGAAGAAGAGCGGCUGAAGAUCGGCUCUCGGAAGUUCAGCGCCUUCUUCGGAUAUCAUCCGAGGAGGAAGUGCGCCUCCGAGAGCUCGUUGAGGAGAAGGAACAAAAGAUCAAGUCCCUUGAGUCUACGCAAAGCAAGAAUCUGAUGCGCCUGACCCUUCUAGAGGCUAAUCAGGCGAAUGCUCAUCAGGCUCAGGGUGAGACGCAGAACCGCAUCAAUACACUCGAGGCGGAGGCCCGGGAGGCUCGAAAAGAAGCGCAUCACUGGCGAUCCGAAACGGAUCGUAUCGUCGGGAUUGCUCAGCGACGUGAUAAAGAACUGGCUCAGGCUCUUGAUGAAAACAAAGCUCUGCACAAGCUCAUCGACACUCUGGGUGUUCAACUCCAAGAGAAUGAGCACGUCCGCGACAACUGGCGCUCCAAAUUCAUGACACUGCAAGAAGAGAUGGCGCGCGCGGCGAAGGAAAUGGCUGAAGAGAUCGCGCGGCGCACGAAAAAGGAGCAAUCAUUGUUGGGCCGCCAAGAGGUUCUGGAGGCUAGGCUGCAGGCCGAGGCAAGAACCCGCGAACGUAUCGAAACCGAGCUUGAGAGACUGGAAAUGGGCGAGCGCCAGGGCAUGAGGGCCGUCGCCGAGUGCAAGAGACUUGAGGCCGCCCUCGCCGAGAUGCGCACUGAAAACCACAAGCUGCACCAGAGCGCUCUUCGCUACCAAGCCGAGUUCCAGGAAGCCAGGGAAUCUGCUGCCCGCGAAGUCAAGCGCACACGCGAUGCCAUGCAAACUGAAGUGGACAACGCGAAUCACCAGGUCAACGUUGUCCGCGAAGAACUCGAGGACCAGGUGGUAAGACUUCGUGCCCAACUGGAUAAUGUCAAGAUGGAUGCGGAUACAGCCAAGGCACGCCACGAAAUGCUUCUGGAGGAGGCACAGACCUCAAAGCAGGCCGAGCUGGAGGAGCUUGUGCGCAAGCAUCAGAACGAGAUCGAGGACCUGCAGGCACGCUACGAACGUCAGCUCAGCAACACGUCGGAGGAGGCCCAAAGGACGGAGCAGAAUCUCCUGGAGCGUCUGAGCAUUUCCACCUCCAAGUGGGAACAUCUGCAAGACAAGGUGGCCCAUUUGGAGGAGAAACUGGAAAUUGCCAAGGAGGCUGCCAGGGCAGCAGCUCAGGCAGCCAAGUCUGCCGCCAACUCCGAUCCUGUUCCUCAGCCCCGGGCCCCUGCCGCCUCGCGCCAGCUCGAACCCCCAGAGAAGAUAUCGCCGCAAGCCCUGCGCGAGUCUAUUAUGGUACUGCAAGAACAGCUGCAGGAGCGUGAGCAACGCAUCGAGGAACUCGAGGUGAAGCUCUCCAAGACGGAUCCAGACGCCGAGAUCAAGAUCUCCAAGCGUGAUGAUGAAAUCACCUGGCUGCGCGAGCUCCUAGCCGUGAGACACUCAGACCUUCAAGACAUCAUUGGCGCUCUUAGCCGGGACGAUUACGACAGGAACGCAGUAAAGGACGCGGCGAUUCGUCUCAAGGCAAACCUGCAGAUGGAGGAGCAGGAGCGUGAGAGAGCCAUGAACGGUGGUUCGGCGAUCAACUUGCCCAAUAUUGCAGCCACAAUUCGGGAUGCGGCUACGCCUCGCGUUGCCCAGGCGGUCGGCCCGCUGGCUGCGGCGUGGGGCAACUGGAGGAAAGGGCGAGAUCUAGGUAGCGUGUUGUCGUCCCCGGCGCCGGCCAGCGGAGGCAGUUCGACGCCUUCUCGGAGCAAUACUGUGUCGAACAGCUUACUCGGCGGGCUGUUGACACCACCAGCAUCGGGAAUGCGCCAGACUCCUCCCACCACGCAAGCCAAACAGCCCACUGCCUUCUCCAGCACGGGCCGCCGGUUCACGGCCCAAGACCUUGCCAAUAGGCCUAGACCCCAACCCCCAGCCGCCUCGGGCUUGAGCAAGCAGGAAGGGAAGGCGCCCGCUCAGAGCACUCCUCCCCGGCGCGCGCUCUCCGGGCCGGUAACGCCACCCAUGAUGCGGCCGAGCGCAUACGAUUCGGACGCCCAUGCCGAGGAUUUUGAUGACGCCGGCUUUUUUGAAGACGACUAAAUCUGGACCGAGGACUGCUAAGCGAAGGGAAGAGAGGAUACAUGGUGCAAGACUAACUGAACCAUUACUUUCCUUUGUUUUUUUUUUCUUUUGCAGUUGAUCAAGUUAAGAGACGGCAGCUAUGAUUUUUAGCACUUCACAUGUUUU